AUGCCGAAGAUACGUACCGCCUUGGUAAUACCACAGGACAACAACGUCCAAUAUCGUGAGAUGAAUUUACGUAGAAGGGACAACAACCAAAAGGAUAGCGUGGCGAGAGAGGUUGAAAUAUUUGUCUUCUUGGAACGCUUUGUCCCUGGAUUAAUUGAUUUUGGAUCUCUUCGGUGCCUGGAUAAAUCAUGCCAGAGCACACGACCAUUUUGUACAAUAUUUGCUGUUGCUUAUCACACCAGCGUAAAGCACAAUUUUCGAUCAUCGGUGGAUAAAUGCUUUCAUUGCUUUAUAUGUGGUUCCGCGUUUUCAAGGUAUGAUGAACUCAUCAGUCAUCUUGAGAAGAAACAUGAAAAUAUUUAUGAAGAACAUCAUGCUUUUCGUGCUCCCCUGAGUCUUGAAAAAGACCACAAGAAGUAUAAAAAAUCAAAAGUUGUUUCCUCUAAUCCUGCUGUUGAAGUUAGGUCUCGUAGUUUGAGUCCAUUACCUUCCGAAUUGGUUCCUGACGCAGAUUUCCUUGAAAACGAUGACGUGGUUGGAAAAACGGGUAUUGUUUGUACAGCAUUUUCUAGGAAUACUGAUGAAGAUGCAGUGAGGACGGUGAAGAUGGGACAAAGCAGUGGUCUCAAGAUUGAGAAUAUGAGAGAUAGGACUAGGACAUUUGCCAAUUUGGUUGCUGAAGAUCGGGAAAUAUUUUGUAGUAAUCUGUUGCAAAUGCAAAGGAGUUUGGCGUCUCCAAGUCGUAGUCGGGAGAAGGAUUUAAAUCAAAUAAUACGUCUCUUACAGGUUAAUUCAGAAGAAAUUUCCCACGGUGAGUUGGAAAUGAAGCAUUGUAAGCAGGCUGUCCUUGACUGUCUCGAAACUAUACUAGACAAGGUUUGUGACAAGGAGAAGAAGGCGCAUUUUGGAAACUUGGGUGUCGGCUUUUUUCCACUCGAAGAAGAAGAGCGUCCUUUAAAUCAAGCAUUUACUCCUUUAAAUCAAAAGGGAUGCAUUAAGAAAGCACAGGAAAGUAACAGUUGUUUGGCUUCUAUGGUUUGUGCUGGAACAUCAGGUAGUAAUGGAACGCUCCAGGAGAUGAUUUUGGUUGGUAGUGGUGAAAUGGCGGAUAAUAAUGUUGGGAAGGUUAAUAAGUUAUCUGUUAAUUUCAUGUCUCUUCGUAAGGACCAGGGUGCUGUAAGUGUUAAAACCGAGAUCAGUUCUGUACCGGGAAGCUCCGGCGGGUAUAAUUUUGAUACGUCUAGGUUGGGUCCUGGCGAUAAAAUGUUUGCAGUUGAUUUUAACGACAACUCUCUCCACUCUCAGGGCAGAAGUUUGAAUGUAGAAAGUGCAGAGGUAGAUAGUGGCUUUGAAGUGGAAACAUCUGAAACAGGUACGCGUCAUUAUAAAAGGAAGAAGCACGAAGCAAAACAGAGAAGGAUGGCUAAUCUGAAAAAAGCUCGGGAAGCGCGGAAGGUGAUUCAAGAAGCAGCUAAAAUUAACGACAGUCGUUGUGACAGCAGUGUUUCUUUUAGAAGUAAUUUUUUUGUCGAGGGUGCAAAGUUUCGUGCAAAAGAUGACAGUGAUGAGAAAUUGAAUACGUUGCUUAUGAACAGCCGUCCGACACGAUUAAGAAGGAAGCCAAAUUGGAUUGAUGAGGAAAGCUUCAUGACAUUAAGUUACGGGAAAAAGCGACGUCGUCGGGAGGACGUUUGCGAGGGUUUGCUUAAGGACGUUAUGGGAACUUCCACUGAGAAAAUACAGGAAAAAAUUUCUGGGGAAGACGGACAGAGCUCCAGUUGUUGUACUGAUAGUUCGUAUUUAAUAAAUCAGACCGUAAAGUACCAAGUCAGUGAAAGUUCCGCUAGAAUUUCUUGCUGUAGCGCUUAUUCGAGGCAUCCAGCUGAACAUGGAGUUCUGGAAGUUACGGAUAGUCAAAAUGUUGCAAAAUCGACAUGUCAGUUCAGUUCUUCAAAAAACGUUGGACAAGAUCUCGUCAGAAAUGGUGGUCCAGAAGCUUCUACUAGUGCUCAAAGUAAAGUAUCUGAAGAUGCAGCCGACGAAGACCCACCUGACCCAUCUAAAAUUCCAAUAUAUUUAACAGAAGCUCAAAAGGAGUUAUUAUUUUCUUUUAUUGUCCCGGUAACUGACGCGGAAAAUCUAAGUCAUAAAUGUAUUCAUUGCGGUGCUAUCUUUUCAGACAUUAAGGAGGGAAGACUGCAUGCAGUAGGCCACAUUCGGAUCAUAAGAUUGCGUUGUUCUUUGUGCGGCUGUGGAUCUUUUUAUUGUUCAGCAAUGCGCGAUCAUUUGCGGCUGCGGUUUUGCCCAAUGUUGCAUCAUGCCCCAAAGGGUUAUACUAAGCUUGAUGUGACGCCUUGCAUGAGUUUCAGAAGAGCAGAUAGCCUUAUUGAAAUUGUAGAUAAAGCUAAGCCUGGUCGUAUCACGUUCACUUCCGGAAAGAUAAUUAGUUCUUGUCACCUGACUCCACAUCUUCCUGAUCCAGAAAUUGAGAAUCGUAUUUUGGGGAGUGAUCAUUUGUCUGAUCCGGAAGGGGCCGCGCGAGCCUACGAAGCGUUGCAUAUUAAAUUUGAGGCUUAA